CCGCCCCACUCGGCGCUGCCAGCCUUGCCAAUCCUGCCAGCCUUGCCAGUCCUGCCUUCUGGCCACGUGACCCAGACAGGGGCCCCCAGCCUCCCUCAUGCUCCUGCGGUGGCUGGCAGCGCGGCUGUACCCGCAGGGUGCCGGGCUCCUGGCGAAGCGGGAUGUGCCCAGGCAUGGAGGAGGAGGGUGCGACUUCCGCCGGGCAUCCUCGGGAGCCACCGAAUCCUUCCUGAGCGGCACCAGCUCCAACUAUGUGGAGGAGAUGUACUUCGCCUGGCUGGACAACCCCCAGAGCGUCCAUAAGUCGUGGGACGCUUUCUUCCGGAACGCCAGCGCUGGCGUCCCCCCCGGCCACGCCUACCAGAGGCCCGUGUCCGUCAGUCCGGAGCACCAAGCCAAGCUGAUUGAAAGCCAUGGGCUGGCGAGGAGCCAAGCCAAGACGGACAAGCUGGUGGAGGACCACCUGGCAGUACAGUCGCUGAUCCGGGCCUAUCAGAUCCGAGGGCACCAUGUGGCCCAGCUGGAUCCCCUGGGCAUCCUGGAUGCCGACCUGGAUUCAUUUGUGCCCUCAGAUCUGAUCACUACCAUUGACAAACUGGCUUUCUACGACCUGCACGAGUCCGAUCUGGACAAGGUUUUCCAGCUGCCCACGACCACUUUCAUUGGGGGCUCUGAGAGCACUCUGUCCCUGCGUGAGAUCAUCAGGCGUUUGGAGAGCACUUACUGCCAGCACAUCGGCUUGGAGUUCAUGUUCAUCAAUGACGUGGAGCAGUGCCAGUGGAUCCGGCAGAAGUUCGAGAUGCCCGGGGUGAUGAAGUUCAGCAGCGAGGAGAAGAGGACGCUGCUGGCCAGGCUCGUGCGCUCCAUGAGGUUUGAGGAUUUCCUAGCUCGGAAAUGGUCCUCGGAGAAGAGGUUUGGGCUGGAAGGCUGCGAGGUCAUGAUCCCCGCCCUCAAGACCAUCAUCGACAAAUCCAGCGAGAUGGGCAUCGAAAAUGUGAUCCUGGGGAUGCCCCACAGGGGCAGGUUGAACGUGUUGGCCAACGUCAUCCGGAAGGAGCUGGAGCAAAUCUUCUGCCAGUUUGACCCCAAGCUUGAGGCGGCUGAUGAGGGCUCUGGGGAUGUGAAGUACCACCUGGGGAUGUACCACGAGCGGGUCAACCGGGUCACCAACAAGAACAUCACCCUGUCGCUGGUGGCCAAUCCUUCUCACCUGGAGGCUGUGGAUCCCGUGGUGCAGGGCAAGACCAAGGCUGAGCAGUUCUACCGAGGGGACACCUCAGGGAAGAAGGUCAUGUCCAUCCUAGUCCACGGGGACGCGGCCUUUGCUGGGCAGGGCGUCGUGUAUGAGACUUUCCACCUCAGCGAUCUACCAUCCUACACCACCAAUGGCACGAUCCAUGUCGUGGUCAACAACCAGAUUGGCUUCACCACGGACCCCCGGAUGGCUCGCUCCUCCCCCUACCCAACGGACGUGGCCCGUGUGGUCAACGCCCCCAUCUUCCACGUGAACGCGGACAACCCCGAGGCCGUCAUCUACGUGUGCGGAGUCGCGGCCGAGUGGCGGAACACCUUCAACAAGGACGUCAUCGUGGAUCUGGUCUGCUACCGCCGCCGAGGCCACAACGAGAUGGACGAGCCCAUGUUCACCCAGCCCCUCAUGUACAAGCAGAUCCAUAAGCAGGUGCCGGUGCUCAAGAAGUAUGCAGACAAGCUGAUCGCAGAAGGGACCGUGACCCUGCAGGAGUUUGAGGAGGAGAUUGCCAAGUACGACCGGAUCUGUGAGGAGGCUUACACCAGGUCCAAGGAUAAGAAGAUCCUACACAUUAAGCACUGGCUGGAUUCCCCAUGGCCUGGGUUCUUCAACCUGGACGGCGAACCCAAGAGCAUGGCCUGUCCCCCGACUGGGAUCCCAGAAGACAUGCUGACGCACAUCGGCACCGUGGCCAGCUCUGUGCCCCUGGAGGGUUUCGUGAUCCACAGCGGUCUCUCUCGGAUCCUGAGGAGCCGUGUGGAGAUGAUUAAGAAUCGGACGGUGGACUGGGCUUUGGCCGAGUACAUGGCCUUUGGCUCCCUGCUGAAGGAGGGGAUCCAUGUCCGACUAAGCGGGCAAGACGUGGAGCGGGGCACUUUCAGCCACCGGCACCACGUGCUGCAUGACCAGGAAGUGGACCGGAGGACCUGCGUGCCCAUGAACCACCUCUGGCCGGACCAAGCCCCGUACACGGUCUGCAACAGCUCUCUCUCCGAGUACGGCGUCCUGGGCUUUGAACUUGGCUUUGCCAUGGCAAGUCCCAACGCGUUGGUGUGCUGGGAAGCCCAAUUCGGUGAUUUCCACAACACCGCUCAGUGCAUCAUCGACCAGUUCAUCAGCUCGGGCCAGGCCAAGUGGGUCCGCCACAACGGCAUCGUCCUGCUCUUGCCCCACGGCAUGGAGGGCAUGGGACCAGAACACUCAUCGGCUCGACCAGAGAGGUUUCUACAGAUGAGCAACGACGACUCGGACGCCUACCCGGAGUUCCGCGAUGACUUUGAGGUGGGCCAGCUGUACGACUGCAACUGGAUCGUCGUGAAUUGCUCCACCCCGGCUAAUUAUUUCCACGUGCUCAGGCGGCAGAUUCUGCUCCCGUUCCGGAAGCCGCUGAUCAUCUUUACUCCAAAGUCCCUUCUGAGACACCUGGAAGCGAAGUCUGGCUUCGAUGAGAUGGUUUCCGCGACCAGAUUCCGGAGGGUCAUCCCUGAGGGCGGAGCCGCAGCCCAGGCUCCGAAGGAGGUGAAGCGGCUGAUUCUCUGCACGGGGAAGGUCUACUAUGACCUGGUGAAGGAAAGGAAGAACCAAGACCUGGAAAAACUAGUGGCCAUCACUAGGCUGGAGCAGAUCUCGCCUUUCCCCUUCGAUCUGGUGAAGCAAGAGGCUGAGAAGUACUCAGGCGCCGAACUCAUCUGGUGUCAGGAAGAACACAAGAACAUGGGCUACUAUGACUACAUCAAGCCCCGUUGUCUCACCAUCCUGGGUCAGGCCCGGCCCAUAUGGUAUGUUGGUCGGGAUCCAGCCGCUGCCCCGGCGACCGGGAACAAGAAUGCUCACCUGGUGUCCCUGAAGAGGUUCCUGGACACCGCGUUCAACCUGGAGGCCUUUGAGGGAAAGACUUUCUAGUGGGAGCUGGAAAGGCAUUUCCGUUCCUCCCACCUGCAUCUGGCCGCAGGGUGGGCCAUGCAAUCACCUUCCAAAGAAUGGUCUGUUACCAGAGAAGGACAGUGUCCAGGGGAAGGCGGUCCUUAUCAGCUGACUGCUUUUCCUUAUGUGUAGCACAAGAGUCUGGAAGAGGACUCCCUUAGGUCAUUAGGUGACCAAGAAAGAAGGGAAAAGGCACCUAAAAUAUUAAAGGGAAUUUGCUCUUGAGUUUUACUAGAGUGGUAGAGCCUAGGUAUGGGAGGUGUGGGGGUGUGGGUGAUAUCUUGCGGGGUGUACUGACUGGGUUGCCAUGGGAGGAGCCCCUAACGUUGCUGACGUGCUGGGUCUCCUGAAGGGAUUUAGGGCUCAGAGCGUUUGUCCAAUCUCCUUGGAGUUCCUUCCCACUGGGAGACUGGAGCUGUCGAGGAGCCAGAGGAUGGACAACUCUGGUUUGUUUCUGACCCUGAGGUGAGGUUUCCUCCAAGCAAACCUACAUCUCCCCUCAGUCUCCAGUCCCAUAUCUGAUGGGAGGGGCUGAACUUUCUCACCUGCUUCCAGUAGGCACUCUGGGCCCAAUUUUCUAGAGAACCCCCAGAUAAUAAUGAAUAAUUUUGGUAUUUGUUAAGGGCUUAAAAUGUGCCAGGCACUGUACUAAAUGCUGGGGUGGAU